AUGACGAGCGACCGCACCGCAUUCCACGACCUCUUGCCCACCGCUUUCUACGCGCGCCUGGGUGACGACGACCAGGAACGCCUCGCGCUGCUUGACUCGUGCUCCACGAUCGGCAUCAUCGACGCUCAGCUGGCUCAACGACUCGGCGCCCCGACUCCGCAAGGUCCCUGCGUGCCAGUCAACGGCAUCGGCUCCGACACAACCCUCGGCCACGUCACCCUACCCUUCAGCAUCGCAGCCAACGCCAAACAGGAAGCAAUCGACAUCCAAUCCUCGGCAGACUUCCACGUCGUCCGCAACUUCGGUCCGGGCCUUUGCUUUGGAAUCGACGUGAUCAAGUCGCUUGGCAUCGUCAUCGACUCGGCAAGGGGGAUCGCGACUACAGACGAGGGCACCUUUCCGGUGUAUGACACCAAAGGCGUCCGCCACACCGCGGCGCGAACGGCAAAGGUCCUGCGGGCAGCGCAGGCCGUUACUCUGCCACCCGAGUGCCACGUGUGGGUUCCUGUGUCUCAGUCGUGCAAGCGCGGGCUGUCGUACACGCUCGACAGCGCCCUUUGGUGCCAUCGGCCGGCGCGCACGAUGUUCGCCACUACUGGCGCACUGGUCGACGCCGACACCUCGGCCAUCCUCGUCACCAACUUUAGUCGCCGGCCUCACCGCAUCCCCGCAAACUUCAUCCUCGGCGAUGCCAUUCCUCUCGCGGUCGGCGACGACGCCAAGCGGGCGUCCAGCUUUCACCUCUUCGCCGAGGCACAGGCACCGGACACCGCGGGCCAGCCCUACGCUUCCGACGAGCCCAACGCCGAGGACCAGGCCGCGACGAACGAGGGAAACAGCGCGACCCACUUCCACGCGGCUCCAACCGCCGCGCCGCCCACCGCUGAGGCAUCAGAGCAAGACCAGCAGCUCGAUCUGGCGACGGCAGCCCUCGUCGACGAGGCGACCACGGCGGCCCUAUCCGGUCAGCCCAGUGCCGACCCCGUCGACCCAUCGGCCGAGUGGGACCCGCGAAUCGCGCCGCCUCCAGACACGUCGCCCCCAAAUCAGCCAAAGAAGCCGCCCAUAGCCACCGUCGACGGCCACUUCCGCGUCGGCCGCCCGGCGGGCUCCGAUGAACCACACGCCGCCAUCGUCGAGGUGUUACGUGCCAAUGUCGACGCCUUCUCCCUUGAUGGGCGUCCGGGCCACAUCCGCGGCGAAGAGAUGAGCAUACCACUGCUACCGGGGGAGACGCCGAAGCCCGAGGCGCCACGCCGCGUCAGCCCAUGGAAGAGGAAGGCCAUCGACGAGAACAUGCUGCAGUUGGAGGACUGGGACGUGAUCGAACCAUCCAACUCCUCGGCCUCGUACCCGAUCCUCCUUGUCAAGCAGGGCGCCAAGAUCCGCAUGUGCGUCGAUUACCGCGGCUUGAACAACAUCAGCACCACCGACAGCUACCCGCUGCCGCGCAUCGACGACGUGCACAACGCCCUCGGCGGCCACACGAUCUUCUCGGGCCUGGACGCCAUCCGAGGCUACCAUCAACUAGGCAUCAAGCCUGAGGACCGAUGGAAGACGGCCUUCGUCUGUCAUCGGGGUCUCUUCCAGUACAAGCGCGUGCCUUUCGGACUGCGCAACGCGCCCGCCGCCUUCCAACGCUUCAUGGAUCGGCUCCUGGGCGGCAUGCGCUGGACGGAAGCUCUGGUGUACCUCGACGACGUCGUAGUGUUCUCGCGGACCAUCGAGGAACACGCGGCGUCGCUCAACCGGCUCCUCAAGGCCGCCAUCGCCGUGGGCCUCAAGUUCGCACCCGAGAAGUGCACCUUCGCAACAAGCGAGCUCAAGCUCCUCGGGCGUCGAAUCUCCGCCGCCGGCGUCGCCACGCUGGAGGAUCGCACCGAAGCUGUGCGAAGCCUGGUCGCUCCCGAGUCGCUCCAAGACCUCUACCGAGUGCUGGGCCUCCUCAACUACUACCGCAGCUUCAUCCCCAACUUCGCCCGCCGCGUCGAGCCCCUCACCUCGCUCACCCGAGGGAUCAGCUACAAGAAAGACGAUCAGGGCCGGUACUUCCUCACCGACGGUCAGGGCAAACGCGUUGCCGCUUCUUCGGUACGCAUCGACUGGGGUGCUGAUCAAGCCGCCGCGUUCGAGGACCUCAAGGACGCCUUGGCCAGCCCACCCGUCCUCGCGCAUCCGGACUUCAGCAAGCCGUUCAUCCUCUACGUCGACUCGUCCAAACACGCCUUCGCCGCGGCUCUGCACCAACGCGCGUCCGAUCCGCAAGCGGCACACUCGCACCCCACCGACGUGCUGUCCAUUGCAAGGCUGCUUCGCGAUGACGCGGCGUACGAAGCCGCGAUCGACGCAGACGCCGCCUUCUCCGGCCUGUGGCGACAGAUCCGUGACGGGGCCGAUACGCCCGCCUACGCGAUCCGCGAGGGUCGCCUCAUCCGCACCGGCACAAACGGCCUCGACAACCAGAUCUGCGUACCCGAGGCGCUCCUUCCCAAAGUCUUCAGCGCGGCGCAUGACCUCGGCCACUUCGGCUUCGCAAAGAGCCUGCUCAGCAUCAGGGAGUCCGUGUUCCACCCACGCCUCGCCGAGGGGCUCCGCUCCUACAUCCGCCACUGCCCCGCGUGUCGUCGCACAAAACCCCCUCGCGCCGUCGGCGCGCUCGACUCCGCCCGCAUGCUCUCCGCCACCGAUCGUCCUUUCCACACCAUCUCUGUGGACGUCGCAUCCGGAUUCCCACCCUCUGCCGACGGCACCGACGCUCUCCUCGUGGUCACGGAUCUCUUCUCCAAGAUGAUCCUCGUUGAACCAUGCCGCUCCUCCGCUUCCACCAACGACUUGUGCGUCCUGCUUGAGCGCGCUGUCCUCCGACGCGGCUGGUGUCCGUCGGUCAUCGUUUCCGACAGCGACUCCCGGUUCGUCGGACAGGCCUUCCAGACCUUCGCCACCACUAUCGGCGCCGAGCUCCAGCCCUCUCGGCCGUACCACCAGCAGGCCAACCCCGUGGAACGGCAGAUCCAGACACUACAACGGGUCAUCCGCUCGCUCUCGCUGUCCCAGCCGGAUUGGAUCGCCGCGGCAUAUGCGGCUGAACUCGCGAUCAACAGCACGCCGGCGCUAGGCACCCAGUACGCGCCCUUCGACCUCGUCUACAUCGACAGUGCUCACGACCGCCUCAACGCGCACCUUACCGAGAACGAUCCCGCCGUUCGCCUUCUCGACGACCGUCUGGCGCUCGCGCGAGGCCGGCUCCAUCAGGCCCGCGACGCAAUAGAACGCGCACAAGCUUCGGACAAGCGUCGAUACGACCGCCGACGCCGUCCGAUUCCCAAGUACAAAGUCGGCGAUCCCGUUCUCAUCCUCACCAAGUCCCGCCCGGUCCACGCCGCCGGCGUCAACAACAAGAUCGACCCGCCCACCGUCGGUCCGUUCACCAUCGCCGAAAUCCGAUCGCCGCACCGUGUCCGCCUCGACCUCCCGCUGGACAUGCGCAUCGAUCCUGUGCUUGACGUGUCGCAAAUCGCGCCCUACCCCAGCGAGGAUCCCUUCGGCCGCCCGCUGGACGCCACACCGGACUCGUUCGACGACGACACCCCUCUUUUCGAGAUCGACCGUAUCAUCGGCGAACGCAUCGACCGCCGCACCGGCGAGCGCAGCUUUCGCGUCCGCUGGAAGAACGACCCGCGACCGACCUGGGAACCGGAGCGCACCCUGCGCGAGGACAAAUGCGAUAACGCUAUCAACGACUGGCUCCUUCGCGACGUCAGCACCCCCCCGCCGCCGGAGCCCGUCGCACAGGCUCACGCCCGGUGGACGAGUACCGACCAAGACGAGCGCCCUGUGGCCUUCAUCUCCAAGUUGACGAGCGCGUCGGAGUCGCGCCUCGUAGGCCUCGAGCUUGAGAUCACAGGCCUCGCGUGGGCCGUCCAGCGCCUCCAGCACUACCUCGAAGGAGCAUCGAGCAUCGAGGUCAUAACCGACCACGCCCCUUUGCGCGCCGUCCUUGCCGCGCCUCUCCACAGCCAACGCCCUUCGUCCGCCCGCAUCGAGAAGAUGCGUGCAUACCUCACACCUUUCCUUCCUUUCAUGACGGUGCGCUACAAACCCGGUUCGCAGCACACCAACGCCGAUGCCCUGUCGCGCCUCGCCCGUCUUCCGUCGUAG